AUGGUACCUGUCUGUCUGUCUGGUCAGAGGACGCUGGCCGUCCAGCAGGACGUCCUGUCCACCGUCCAGCAGGACGUCCAGCAGGUGUCCCGGGGACUCGGUGGUCUGGAGGACCUGGAGGACCUGAGGAAGUCUCUGGAUGCUGUGAUCCAGGAAGUGUCGGCAGCCGAGGCCCUCAGAGAUCACCUGGGAUCUCUGGGGGAGAACCUGGACCAUCACUCGGGUCUCCUGGACCUCCACGCCGCCACGCUGGCCCAGGACCUGGGGCGCCUGCGGGACCUCGAGGCCACGUCCUACGACGGCAGACUCAUCUGGAAGAUCCAUGACUUCGGGACCAGGAGGGAAGCGGAGGUCAGAGGUCAGCCGCCGUGCCUGAGCAGCGUGCCCUUCCACACCGGCCGCUGCGGCUACAAAAUGGCCGCCAAGGUGUACCUGAACGGGGACGGGGAGGGACGAGGGACUCACCUGUCCCUGUACGUGGUCCUGAUGCCGGGAGACUUCGACGCUCUGCUGCCGUGGCCCUUCAGACAGACCGUGUCCCUGUCCGUUCUGGAUCAAAGCGGCGCCGCCAACCACCGCAGUCUGAGCUUCAGACCCGACCCGGCGUCCCAAAGCUUCCAGCGCCCCCCCGCCGAGUCCGCCAGCAACGUCGCGGUCGGGUUUUCCUGCUUCGUCCCCCUCAACGAGCUCCUCGCGGCUCACAGCGCCGCGUACGUCCAAGACGACACGCUGUUCCUCAAAGUCAAGGUGGACACGGCCGGCUUAGAGCAUCUGUAGACUUAGACCCAGACUCAGAGACUUAGACCCAGACUCUUAGACCUAGAGACUUAGACCCAGACUCAGAGACUUAGACCCAGACUCAGAGACUUAGACCCAGACUCAGAGACUUAGAGACUUAGACCCAGACUCAG